AUGAUUAAGAAGUACCUUAAUAAAUUUUUCAUUUACUUCAUUUGUUUUUCAAUAGUGUUUGUGUACAUAAUUAAUGUCAAAGUAGUUUGGAUUGAUUUAAUUGGAAGUAAAAUACAUUUUAAUUUUUCAAAUAGGUUCGAGUUAUAGAAUCCCUUAUUUGCUGCUUUUUACAAUAUUAACAAGUUUAUUGGGUUGGAGUUUAUUUAAAACAAUGUUUACAGAUCCUGGAAGAGUUCCAUAAAAUUGGGGAUUUUUUUUGAAUGACCCUGAAUAAAAAAAAAGAAAAUUUUGUUUAAUUUGUCAUAUUUUCAAACCUGAAAGAUGCCAUGUAUCUUUUAAUUGAUAAAUAAUAAUUAGCAUUGUUCAGCAUGUAAUCGAUGUGUGUUAAAUAUGGAUCAUCAUUGUCCUUGGAUAAAUAAUUGUGUUGGAUUCUAAAAUAGAAAGUUUUUUAUGCAAAUGUUAUUUUAUGUUAUUCUUGAUUCUUAUUGUGCUGUAAUUGGAUUAGGAUAUGGUUUAUAUGUAGAAUUUUAAAAUAUUAUGCUUUACCUCGAUUCAGAAGGGGAUUUGCAUUUUAUUGAUGGAGUACUAGUACUAUGUGCAUUUGGAAUUAGUAGCUUAGCAUCAUGUUUAAUAACAAUGUUUUUUAAAUUCCAUUUAGAAUUGGUAUUAAAUAAUAGAACAACAAUAGAAAAUUUAGAGAGGAAAAGAAAUGAAGAGACAGGAUAAUAAACAGAUGAUUUUAAUCAAUAUGAUUUAAAGCCAUAUUAUAAUUGGGUACAAGUAUUUGGAAUGAGUAAAUUGUCAUGGUUCCUACCUAUUUAAAUGGAAGGGGGACGACCAGUAGGUGAUGGUAUAUUAUGGCCUAAAAAUCAUCAUAAUGAAAGUUUGUUACUCAAAGAUCCUGUUUCCAAUUAAAUUUAUAAUGGAAAUAGUGAAAAUAUUUAAAUGCAAUAAUACAACAAUCCACUUUUGCAUAGUAACAGUAUAUUUUAGAAUAUAUUUUUAGAUUAAUAAUUUAGAUCAUCGUCAACUCAACAUUAAUGA